CAAGGAAUCAGCGCAGGACAUCCAGACGACGGGAACGAGCAGGAGAGGAUCGCAACGCCAUUCUGACUCCGUCUCAUUGCCACUGCAGCGCUCUCCUCCGCCUGUUGCUUGAAAGUAGAAGCGAUCAAUAACACCAUUCCAACACCGGAGCGGGAAUCACCACCGGCAAUUCGAGCAUACGAGUCAUAAUAGCAUAGCAUAGUUUGAAAUGCCAGCACCAAAGAACAUAGAUUGCGGCGCUCUCCUCUUCUCCGAGGGCCGCCGCGCACUCUCCCGGCACGUCAAACAGGCGCAACCAUGCACCCGUCGAUCUGCGUCCACAGCAACAGCAACCCGGCCCCGGAAUGCGCACAUCACCGAGAACCGGCCCCGCGUCGCCCGCAUCCGCCACCCAAACCCUCUACCAGCAGGCUUUGACCCGUUCCCGUUCGAUAACCCGGAUGCCGACGCGACGCUGUUGUUGGCGAAUGCGGUUGCGUUGAAGAAUUCGGAGGCGGCUGUGAAGAGUUUGGAGCUGCUGCGGAAGAAGAGUGAGGCGGGUGUGGAGGAUGCCGGGAAGACGGGGCUGGAGAGUGAAGGAAAGAAGGCGGAGCCGAGGGGGUUGGGAUCGGUGCUUGGGCCGGAGUACAUUGUCGGCGUGCUGAACAUGGUUGCCGACAACGCAGGCGCGACGCAGGCGGAGCUGACGACGGUUGCCAAAGCUGUGCAUGGGGAUGUGGAGGACGGUGCGGUCGACCUGAAGGUUGCGGAGGCGUUGAUCGGCGUGUGGGGCAGGGUCGGUGAUGUCUCCAAGGCGGUCAGGACCGCUUUCGUGGCUUUGUCGGCUGGCCCGUCCUGGGCGGACGAAGCUAAGAUCGGCAAUGCGUUGAUUGGCGUUUUGGCGAAGGGUGGAUACAGCGAGGCUGCUAGGCAGAUUUUAAGCGGGCUGGCUGCUAGAGGUCUCGCGCCGACUGCUGAUGCGUAUGCGGCUGUUAUCAAGGCCUUUGGCGAGGCCGGAGACGUGGAGGCUGCGGAAGAGAUUUUCAACUCAAUGCGCGAAGCAGGGGUCGCUCCCACAUCCGCUGUCGUUUCCGCUCUCAUCCACGGCCAUGCAUCCCAGGGCCGGAUCACCUCCGCCCACAAGUACUUCAACGACCUGCUGAAACUGCGUCUAGCUCAGACGCCCGACGCAUGGACAGGCAUGAUCCGCGCACACGCCGUGCGCGGCAACGUCGGGGAUGCUACAGACUUCUACCGGCGCAUGCGUUCCGCCGGCCUCGAAGCCCCCUCCGACGCGUACGCCUACCUCAUCAAAGCGCACGCCAAGAACAAAGACGUAACAGGGGCCAACAAAUUCCUCUACAAAAAGGAGCUGGUGCGUGGCUUCACCCCAUCCCCGGCCAUGUACGCCGCCAUGGUCGACGCCUACGUCGCAGUCGGGGAGAUCAACCUCGCAUGGCGUGUGGUCGCAAAAGCGUUCGGCGUAGAAGGUAAAGAGAUCCCCGCCAUCGUCGUCGCCCCGCUCGCCCGCGACGCAGCAAACAAGGACUUAGGGUACCUCGCCUACCUCCUCCGCGCGUCGGGUCUGAGCACCUCAGCGAAAGCACCCGACACCGUUGCGGCGCUCAUGGAAGCCCUGCUGCGCGACCCGUCAUCCUCCACACGGACACCCAACGCGCAAGCAGCCAUCAAGCUCUACACGGCCUUCAACACCCCGCACGUGCCGCACCCGGCCACCCGCCACGCCCAUCACCUCGCCCUGGAAGCCUACGCGCUCGUGAACGACACGGUCAACGCGGAUAAGCUGUACAACAUCAUCCACCAGACAGAGGCACUCACAUCCCCGCACGCCACCGCGGCCUACAUCGCCGCCCUGCCCGAUGCGGCUGCGGUCACGGACUUUAUCGCCACCCUGCCCUCGUCGUCCGUGACCGGCGUCGACACCCUCGUCACGGCGGAUGUAUACGACGCCCUCGUUGCCGCUGCGAUCAAACGGAAGGUGGACCCGACGACCGUCGAACGGUGGGUCCGGGAGGCCGUCACCGCGGGCGUCGUGCCUGUCCCCGCGAAGCAUGCCGCGUUGGUGGGUGAGAUGCACCGGUUGGAGGUGAGGGCCUUGGUGGACCGGCUUGCGCGCGGGAAGAGUGGGUAGUUUGCGAUGAUUCUUCGCCCCCCCCAUCCUUUGAAAACAUAGUAGAGUAGAUACACACCACCCCUCUCCGCCCCCCGCCCCCCCCCC